GUGACCGUCAUCGGCUCGUCGGCGUCCAUUCAUAUUAUCCUGCAGUCGUGAUGUAGCGUUCGCGUGUGCUGUCGAUAUGUCCAUAAUAUACGCGUCGCUUUUUUUUAUUUUUCCGUUUUUUUUUUUUAUUACUCGUGCAAUACAAUAAAUAAUAAUUAUAUACGUCUACAUGUAUAAUUUAGGUACUGCAGUAAAUCACCCAUGUGCUUUCCUCGCCCCACCUCCGAUUAUAUUGUUACACACGUUAUCGAAAUGCGUCUAAAAAACACGCAUAAUAUUCUAUUGUAUUAUGACGUGUGAAACGAGAAGACUAAUGUCUUAGUGCAAUAUCUAAAUACCUACAUAUAGGUUUAGACAAAUCAUAGCUCCUACUCAAACAUAGGUUAAGUUUAUAUAAUAUUAUAUGAGAUGUUAAAUAUAUGUAGUACCUAUUUCAUGUCUAUAGCACUAUGAGUAUAAUAAUAAUUAAUUCACAAUAAAUCACUAAUAAUGAAUAUUAUAAUUAUUCCCGCCGAUCUGAUUUUCAAAAAGUGAAACCGCGCGAAAAUUUGAAUUUUGAACUAUUAUGAUGUAUGCAUUUGCAUAAGAUAUGUUUGAUUAAAUUGUAAAAAGCAAAACAUGAUUGAUCCUGGAAACACAUUUCUCAACUCGUUUUAUAUUACGUCCUGUCUAACCGUUGUAUGUGUAGUAGCUCAAGAAUGGUUAAACGUAACAUCUAACUAUACAGCGUUAAUGAGUGACCUCAAUAUAGACUUAUUGGAGCCAGGUAUUGCUGUGCAGCUGUAUGAAGCUAAAAAUGACAAUUUCACUUUAAUGGGUACAAUACCUGUCGAUGGAAAUUGGCAAAAUAUUACCAUACAUUGUGGCGUUAUCACCAAAGGGGGACACUAUCUAAUUCAAUUAAUUUCUAAUGACACAACCGAGGAUGAUGACAUAAUUCAAGACGGGCAAACGGUCGAACUCGACGUCCGAUGGCCCGAGGCUAGUUUAUCGUUCGAACCGAAACGGAUUACUACGUACCCAGAUCCAUGGCAACAAGUCGUAAUCGUAAUGAAAUUCGAAGGGCAUCAAUGCGAACCUGCCGCCGGGUCUGCUGUUCCCAUGCUGUGGCUCGACUUGAUGUACUGUGGUCUAUCUGCCAAUGCGUGCAAGAACGUCUCCAGAGAGUUGUCCCGCGGUUCUAUGGAACAUUUGAUCGUUCAUUCCGAACAAAUCCGCGGUUACCCGAGAUUCAGGAAAAUAUUUUUAAAAUGCGAUGUCUUCGGUAUCGCCGGGUUUUACACGGCGGUAUUGAGGCCGCCCGAACGCCAAGCGGCCUUCACUCACGUCAUGGACGGGCAGUUAGAGGUUGUCCCAAGCAAUAAAUUUACUUUGAACGUACACGGCAAAUCGAUAUUCCCUUGUGAUAACUACGGUGGUGGCGUUCCCGUGAUGUUUCAGUACCCGUCGUGUAUCUUGCCAACUUCAGACAAAAUCAGACUGUUUGGUCGACAACGGGAAGAUGUGUCUACACUGUUACCGCCCACAAAAUUGCAUUACAUAUCCGAGCAUCGAAUAGUUAAAGGACGUCAUAAUGUGUACUUUGAUUGCGAUUUGUUCUCGGAAAAAUAUAUUGAAUAUUGUUUCGUCUAUGUCAAUCAAGCUAUAAACAGAGCAUAUACAAACAUAAAAACCAACUGUGUGCCGACAUUACCAAUUACUGAAGACGAUUCGGGACAAUGGAGUAAAUGGAGCGAAUGGUCGCCGUGUUCAACUACGUGUUACGGAGGAACUAGAAAUAGAUACAGGACUUGUGACUCUCCUCCACCGAAAUAUGGAGCCAAAUUUUGUCAGGGUUCAUCGUUACAAACCGAACCAUGUGGUGAAAAACAAAUGUCUGGCAAAGAAUGUGGAAAAAUUGAACAACAAAUUCAAAAAUACAACAACACCUCAACUACUGGUUUUUUGCCCACGUACGUAAGUGAUGAACUGGGUGCUGAAUGCCGAUGUGGGUGCGUUAUUCACAUGUCCAAAGCUACUCGAACAUUAUCUGCCACGACGAAGGGGUGUCCUGGACGAUCAUUUUGGUUGAUAAAAACUGAAGACAAAACUACCAUACAAUUUGAUUUCAUUCGACUGUUUUUAUCAUGCUCGAAUCAAUGGAUUAAACUUCGCGAUGGUGAUUCAACAGCUUCCAACCUUUUAGCACAUUUAGAAGGCACUCCAGAUUCUACAAAUCCUAUUAUGUCGACUGGGGCAUACCUAUUGGUAGAGUUCUUUUCAAGUUCUACUGUGCUAUCAAAUGGAGAUUGCUUCGGAGGAUUUUUCGCUCAAAUAAAUCGCAUUGGAGCCAAUAACUGGUCUUUGCCAAAUUCAAGCCAUGUAGAAUUCAAUAACAACUUCAUUUAUUUAAUAUCAGACAUCGAUUCGUUCUUAGCUACAAUUUCGGCAAUUUUAUUAUUUUUGCUGGUCACUUGUAUGUGUUUUUCCGUGCAAUUCGCUGAACGUAAACACAAAUACCAUAAAGCUAUUACUACAAUGGACAAACAUUCUAAUAUGGGUUCAACUUGCAGUAUGUUAAACGAUAAUGACUAUACAGCAUCAACUACAACUUUACAAUCACAUAUACCACCAAUAAUAGAAAUUUUAGAUACAGAUGAAAACCAAGAUAAUGUGGUUGAAGGAGAAACUAAUUCUGUGACUGGGAGUGAAAUAGUACCAGAAAACAUUGUCACAUAUUCUUCAACAAUAGAUCAGUGUACACCAUUUGUAUCUCAAACGUCCUUAUCUUCAAGGAAAAUUAUCACCCAGUCAACGUCCACUUUGAACGACCGUCCAAAAAGUCAUAGACACAACCCGUUAACUAGUAGCACGGAUUCGAGUAUUCACGGCCAUGACGUAUCGGACUUAGAAAUGGAUUACUACGACUAUAACGUUCAAAACACAAACAGUGUGCCUGGGUCGUACAUAGGAAUGGACCCGGCUUAUUGCUUAUGGAUACCUCCUUUAUCGGACCAAAGUCCCGGGGAUCACCAUGAAAGUAUGGAAAUGUCCAUUUUGGAUAUAAAAAACGACAAGUGUAAAAAAAAUUGCGAAAUUAGCAGCAAAUACAAUAAUAGGUUGUCUGCUGACAGUGAAUCGACGUUAGUUAGCGAAGACUGUGUUUCAUUGAAGACGCUGAAAUCAUCGCCAAAAGCGUAUUUUUCUAAAAAUAAUCAAAAGGCUGAGUAUAUAAAUGAUUCGAGUAUUAAGUUUGUUGACGAGGAUGACGGAGUUGAUGUAAAAGACAUUUAUGUAGAUAAUAAAGCGGUUUAUACGCAUUAACUUUCGCUUAUAAAAACCUUUUAAGUCACAGUAUAUUGUCCUUAAUAUAAGUUCUUUUAAUAUUUGAAUUUCAAAAAUAUAUUAUCUUUUACUGUACAUUGCAAUUUUGAUUUCAGGAGAACUACCUACCUAUAUAGCUGUUUUAUACUUUUAUGUAGUAAUAAUAUUUAUUGUUUACAAUAAAUAGAGCAAUAAAUUAUUGUCUUAGUGUUAAAAAUAUAUUAAUGUAUACAAUAUUAUCAAAUAUAGUUAAAAAGGAGCAAAUAUUUUAUAAAUACAUUUUUAAACUAUUUUUUAUAUUAGUUAAUACUAUUUUAAAAAUCGUUUAAUUUUUAAUGAUAUAUAUUAUGUAAUUUUGACUGAUUAAAAAACACAUUUUAAAAGCAACGAAA